AUGACGGCUCUAGCGCUGACGGUCGACAAGGCGAUCGCGGUCCAACUCGCUCCGCAACCCAUCACCGACUCGCGCUUGGCGAUCCGGCCUUCCACCGAAUUGACCGUCGACACGAUGCGCAAUUCGAUCAACAUGGGGAGCAACAACAGCAAUGGCACCGAAAACAAAAGCAGCAAUGGCAACAUUAACAACAGCAGCAGCAGCGGCGGCAACGGCAACGGCAGUCAUCUUUCUUCCAGUCCACCAAGGUCGGCGUUCAAGCCCAAGGAGCUCGCGCUCGUCAGCAAUGGCCUUGCCGCCUCGCCGCUUCGAAAGGAUGGCUCGAUCCCGAUUCCAGCUGCUGCCAAUGGUACCCGAGCUCGGACCACUUCGGCAUCGCUGCAACCCCUUGAAGAUCCCCGAUCAGCCGAUUCGACCACUUCGAACCACACACAUCUGAACGGCAUGACUCGUGCGGAAGUGCCUGCAUCACCGACAUCGGGGUUGGCUCCGAGCCUCUAUCCAACCGACCUCGGACCCGGCAAUCCGAAUCCUCGCGUCAACGGCCACGCACCGACCCCGGGACCUUCGACACCUCCCAAAAUCCGCAAGUCGUCAUUGGCAGCUGCUCAAAACUCGGCUGUUCCGGAAACUGCCUCGAGCUCAUUGCCCCUCUCCACCGGAGCUCCUCCCGUGGCCUCCUCGUCGGCGGCACCCCUUUUGGCACCGUAUGAUCUCCCUCGACCUCAACGAAAUUCGCAAUCGUCGGCCAAGCCGUCCACGACGACGUCCGAGCUGGACCCCACAGCGGCACUGAUCCAAAGCCUCUAUGCCCGCCUCGACGUGCAAGGUGUGCCCGGUGACGGAUGGGACGAGGGUCUUGAGAGGACUCGGGAUGGGCUCAUCAAUCGAGAGGUCUGUGAAGAGACGGCGACGACGAUUUCGUCGAACAAAAAGGGCAAGCAAGUCCUGUCGGCGCAAGGUGCAGAAGAGGAAGAGGAUCGGGUGUUGAAACGCGUCGACCGGUCAGUCGGGUGUUAAGACACUGUGCGCACUAUUUCCCGCAUACUAAAACCGAAGCGACCCCCACAGAUAUGGCUUCUUUUCCUCGUGCCACCCCGCAGCUCUAGCAAGUCAACACAAUCGACUCGCAACCCUCGCUACUUCCGCCUUCACCACACUCCCCUUUGGUAAACGCCUCUCGCAAAAUCGAUCGAAAGCGAACCGACCGACGCCAGCAACGAUCAAUGGCCGCCAUUCGUUACCCUCCCCUGCGCCCGGCGAUGUCGUCAUGGACGCCGAAGCGGUCGCCCUCGAGACGCGGCGGAUCGACAAGUGGGCGAAGAUGUUGCGCAUCUCCAAAAAAGACCGGGGUAAGAACGCAAUCGAGUGGGAUCUCGCACCCGGGUGGUGGGACGGGCGCGAGGAAGGAAAGGGCAAAUACCGCAUAUUUCAGCGCCGUGUCUUCAAAGGGGUUCCUGACCGGUGGAGGCGAGCGGUGUGGGGCUUGGAAAUGGAACAAAGAGCGCAGGAGGAGCAGCGCAAGGGUCGGAGCGAGGUCAAGUCGUUGGAGCAGCUCAAACGCGAUUACAGCACGUGGCUCGACCAACCCUCGGCGCAGGACGUGCAAAUCGACCUCGACGUCCCACGGACGAUCUCGGGCCACGUCAUGUUCCACACGCGCUACGGUCAAGGUCAGAGGGCGCUCUUCCACGUGCUACACGCUUUCGGUCUCAACUGCGACGACAUUGGAGGCUAUUGUCAGGGCAUGGGCCCGAUCGCGGCGACGCUGCUGUGCUACUUUGAGCCGGAGCAGGCGUACGCAGCGCUCGUGCGACUGUUUGACCAGUAUCAUCUGAGGCGCAUGUUUGCUCCUGGGUUCACGGGACUUAUGGAGACGUUUUACGUGCAAGAACGAAUGGUCGAAUGGCUGAUGCCGGGGGUGCACAAGGCCUUUGUAAGUUUCUCUUCCCCUACCUUCCUGUUCCCGAGGGGUGUCAAACUGACAUUUGCAGGGUCCACUUCACCAGACCGAACAUAUGAUAUCGACCUCGGCGUACGCGACGAAAUGGUACAUCACCUUGUUUGCCAACUCGGUACCCUUUGCGACGCAACUGCGGUUGUGGGACGGGCUCUUGCUCGAAGGAGCGGAUUUCUUGAUCAUCGUCGCGGUAGCGAUCAUUUGGGCUUUCAGGGGUGAGUGUCUGUAUGCGUCAUUAGUAGACGCCAUGUUCAAAAGAGAGAAUAAAGCUGAGCUUUCACCUCCUUCUUUCCUAGACUCAUUCACCACGCCCUCGGCUUCGUUCGAAUCGAUUGUAUCGACGCUCUCGUCCUACUUUUUCGUCGAGUCGGACGACGGAUUGCUGCGGUGGAUCCGCAAGACGUUGCGUUUGAAGGGCGUGAGACAAAGGAUGUGCGACUGGAGGAUCGAGUGGCAAGGGUUCGUCGAAGAUGGAUCCGCGGAUCGGAGGGUGACGUGA